UGCCACCCGCGCCAAGCGAUCUCCGAGUGGCGAUCUCCGAGCUCGACUGUGCUGGGCGGCGGGCCAGGAGGGGAGGGUCCGGCCUUGCCCGGCGGGCGUCCAUUGGCGGCUGCUCCCGGCGUCCGCGGUGCAGCCGGCUGCAAAGCCCGCAGGUGCCCCGCGCGCGCGCGCCAGACCCGAGUGGGUAGGGGGCGCCGCACUCGCCAUGCUGCGCGCGCCGCGGACCCUGGCUCCGGCCACGGCGCAACCCACAAAGAGCUUGCCGACGUUGAACCCCACCGAGCUGUGGCCUUCGGGUCUGAGCAGUCCCCAGCUCUGCCCGGCCACCACCGCCACUACCUACUACACUUCGCUUUACACGCAGACGGUGCCUUCCUCUGCGGCGCUGGGCACCUGCCUCGACGCCACUCCCCACGGACCCGAGGGCCAAAUUGUGCGAUGUGUACCCGCAGGCCGCCUGCCGGCCAAAAGGAAGCUAGACCUGGAGGGCCUUGGGAGGCCUACGGUCCCUGAAUUCCGGACUCCCAAGGGGAAGUGCAUCCGAGUGGAUGGUUUGCCAAGCCCGAAAACCCCUAAGUCUCCUGGGGAGAAGACACGCUAUGACACGUCGCUGGGGCUGCUGACCAAGAAGUUCAUUUACCUCCUGAGCGAGUCGGAGGAUGGAGUCCUGGACCUGAACUGGGCAGCUGAGGUGCUGGAUGUGCAGAAGCGGCGCAUAUAUGACAUCACCAACGUGCUGGAGGGCAUCCAGCUCAUCCGCAAGAAGUCCAAAAACAACAUCCAGUGGGUAGGCAGGGGAAUAUUUGAAGACCCCACCCGACCGGCCAAGGAGCAGCAGCUGGGGCAGGAACUGGAGGAGCUGAUGAAUGCGGAGCAGACCUUGGACCAGCUCAUUCAGAGCUGCACGCUGAGCUUCAAGCACCUGACGGAAGAUAAUGCCAACAAGAAACUGGCCUAUGUGACCUACCAGGAUAUCCGUGCUGUGGGCAACUUCAAGGAGCAGACAGUGAUUGCGGUCAAGGCCCCGCCACAGACAAGAUUGGAAGUGCCGGACAGGGCGGAGGAGAACCUGCAGAUUUACCUAAAGAGUACCCAAGGCCCCAUUGAAGUCUACCUGUGCCCGGAGGAGGGGCAGGAGGCAGACAGUCCUACCAAGGAGGCCCUACCCUCCACCUCUACCCUCAGCCCCGUCCCUGACUGCGCUCAGCCCGGCUGCAGCACCGACUCUGGGCUGGCAGAGACCAUAGAGUCUUCAGCCCCGAGUCUGGUACCGCCACCGCCACCACCGCCGCCAGCACCAUCCCUUGUCCCCUUGGAAGCCACUGACAACAUGCUGGAGCUGUCCCACCCACUUCUGCAACAGACUGAGGACCAGUUCCUGUCCCCAAUCCUGGCGGCCAGCUCCCCUCUGAUCAGCUUCUCCCCGCCCUUGGACCAGGAGGAGUACCUGUGGGGCAUGGAUGAGGGGGAGGGCAUCAGUGACCUCUUCGACUCCUAUGACCUUGGGGACCUGCUGAUUAAUUGAAGCGUCCUGCAUCUGUCUCUACCUCCUCACAGACAGAUUGACAGGCUCUCUGCUCAGAUUUGGGGGG